AUGAGUUCCAACAGACAAGCAUAUUAUAAAAACAACGCCAAGGAGCAGUUGGGAAAAGAAAAGCGAAAUGAGGAAGUCGUCAGUAUUCGGAAGGAUAAACGCGAGGAAGCUAUCUCGAAGAGAAGAAAUAUCAAUGCGGCUAUUGAGGAUGAUACGGAGACUGUCACCCUUCCAUCUGGUCCAUUCGAUAGUAACCUACUUCGUAUCACAGUUGAAGCUGCAAAGUCGACAAAUCCCGCUGAACAACUCUCUGCGGUGCAACAAGCAAGAAAAAUGCUUUCAACUGAUCGAAAUCCUCCAAUUGAUGACUUAAUUUCCAGUGGAAUUUUGCCGGUUCUCGUGGAUUGUUUAUCGAGUACUGAUCCUAAUUUGCAAUUCGAAGCAGCAUGGGCACUUACCAAUAUUGCUUCCGGAACAUCAGAACAAACUCAAGCUGUGGUGAACGCCGGAGCUGUUCCACUAUUCCUUCAACUUCUUUCUUGUGGGAAUUUGAACGUUUGCGAGCAAUCGGUUUGGGCUCUCGGAAACAUUAUUGGAGAUGGUCCACACUACCGCGAUUACUGUCUUCAACUCGGAAUUCUUCAACCACUCUUGGCUUUCAUUUCUCCAGAUAUUCCUAUUGGAUUCUUGAGAAAUGUGACAUGGGUUAUUGUCAAUUUGUGUCGUUGCAAGGAUCCAGCCCCGUCUGCCGAAGUAGUUCGCACGAUUCUUCCUGCAUUGGCACUUCUUAUUCAUCAUCAAGAUACCAACAUUCUCAUUGAUACUGUUUGGGCUCUCUCGUAUUUGACUGACGGAGGAAAUGAACAUAUUCAGAUGGUUAUUGAUAGUGGAGUUGUUGAACAUCUUGUUCCAAUUCUUGGUCAUUCUGAUGUCAAAGUUCAAACUGCUGCUCUUCGCGCUGUUGGAAACAUAGUAACCGGAACGGAUGAACAGACUCAACUCGUUCUUGAUUCUGGAGUUUUGAAAUAUAUGCCGGGACUUCUCGCACAUUACAAGGAAAAAAUCAACAAGGAAGCUGUUUGGUUUAUUUCAAACAUAACUGCUGGAAACCAACAACAAGUGCAAGAUGUGUUUGAUGCUGGUAUAAUCCCAAUGAUCAUCCAUCUUCUUGAUCGCGGAGAUUUCCCAACACAAAAGGAAGCAGCUUGGGCUAUUUCCAACGUUACCAUAUCCGGACGACCGUCCCAAGUCGAGCAAAUGGUUAAACUUAAUGUGUUGAGACCGUUUUGCGCUAUGCUUGACUGUAAGGACCCGCAAAUAAUCCAGGUUGUUCUUGAUGGAAUCAAUAAUAUUUUAAAAAUGGCUGGAGACGGCGUUGAACAUGUUACGGCCGAGAUUGAAGAGUGCGGAGGACUUGACAAGAUUGAAAAUCUUCAGAACCAUGAAAACGAAGAAAUCUACAAACUUGCUUUCGAAAUUAUUGACACUUAUUUCAGCUCUGACGAAGAAGGAAACGAGAACAGCGGAAUUCCAACUUCAAACGAAUUUAACUUCAAUGGCCCGUCUGGAUCCGAUGCCCCACCAGCUCCGGAUGCUCCAAAUGGCGGCUGGAAUUUCGGAAAAAACUAA